AUGUCCACCUCACAAAGUGAGAUACUGCUACGAGCAGUCUCAAGACUCUGCGGCUGGCUCUACUUCACCGCCUGGUCCCUCUCCUUCUACCCCCAAAUCCUGCUCAACAUCCGCCGCCACACAACCCAAGGCCUCACCCCCGACUUCCCCCUCCUAAACGUCGUUGGCUUCUCCUGCUACACGAUCAACACGGCCGUCUUCCUCUACUCGCCAGUCGUCCGGGCUCAGUAUGCUGCUCGCCACCCCGUGAGCCCGGAGCCGACGGUGCGGUUGAAUGAUCUGGCGUUUGGGGUGCAUGCGUUGGUGUUGUGUUUUGUGGUCUACUCGCAGUUCUGGCCGCGGCUUUGGGGGUGGAAGGAGGGGGUUGGGGUGAGACGACAUGUAAAUAGGGUGUCGUUGGGUUUGGUGUGGAGUGGUGUGCUUGCUAUCGUAGCUGCUGUCAUUGCUGUAUUCGCCUACGGAAAUGCAGAUGUUGACAGCAGGGGAUGGACAUGGAUUGAUGUGAUCUAUGUCUUCUCCUACGUCAAGCUACUACUGACAGUGAUGAAGUAUGUUCCGCAAUGCGUUGCAAAUUUCAAGCGCAAGAGCACGAUCGGUUGGAGCAUCCAGCAGCAACUGCUCGACUUCUCAGGUGGAAUUCUGAGCCUGGUGCAGCUUGUUAUUGACAGCGCGCUCCAAGCAGACUGGUCAGGUCUGACCGGCAAUCCGAUCAAGUUCGGCCUGGCCAACAUCAGCCUCGCCUUCGAUAUUGUCUUCAUACUGCAGCAUUUUGUGCUGUAUGGCCCGGUAGAGGAGCGAGGAGAGGGUACGGGCGAGACAUCUCGCUUGUCAGACAAUGAGGUCGAUCCGCUGCUCCCGGAAAGGCGUCAUGAAGGCGACUGA